AUGGAGAAGGACCGCGCGGAGGCUCUGGUCGCGGUCGCGACGACGCUGCUGACCGACGCGGUGCGAAACGUGAACGAUCACAACGACGGCGGGUUAUUCUCCGUGUUUCGCGGCAACCGCGGGCAGGGUCUGUUUGGCGGCGUCGUCGUGGGCGCGGACGGGAAGAGUAAGUGGGUCACGAAACAGAUCGUGCGCGCGGGGGCGAACCGCGACGCGCGGCCGAAGGGCAUCACGGAGGAGAUCGCGUUCGAGGGGGACAAGGGGACGGACGCGGUCGCGGUGCAGUCUCCGUACAGGCAGCUGUCGCGCGGGGGGUUGGGGCGGACGAAGAAGGGCGGCGGCGGCGGCGGCGGCGGCGGCGCGUCCUUCGCGAAGAAGCCGCCGUCGCCGGUGGAGGAGGGGUCCGAAGAAUCCUCGUAA